AUGAUUACACACUGGAUGAUCAUUUUUGUCCUCAGAACUGGUGUGGUUCAACUUAAAGAUGCUAAACCAGCUCCUAUUCAAGUUGUAAAUCUUGGAGAUAGUGUAACAAUUCAGUGCCAUCUGCCACAGAAAAGGAUCACCACUAUGGUGUGGUAUAAGCAGAGCGUUGGCCAGAAUCCCAGGCCAUUGGCAAUGGUCUACAAUUACGUGCGUGAAACCAAAUUUGAGGAUGAGUUUCAAAAUGGCAGAUUUAACGUAUAUCCAGAGAAAGGAUCAUUUCAUCUAAAUAUUGCUGCUGUAGGUCAGGAGGACACUGGUGCUUACUACUGUGGAAUAGUCUUCUUAAACGAACUGCAGUUUGUUUCCUGGACAUUUCUGAUGCCAGCAGGGAUUGUAACAAAAACAAGAAAUUUUGUACAGCAGCCGGUGUUGGAGUUGGUUCAUGCAGGACAUUCCAUCAGUCUGGAGUGUACAGUCUUUACCAAGACCUGUUCAGAAGAUCACAGUGUGUACUGGUUCAGACAUGCAGCAGGAGAAUCUCAUCCAGGAAUCAUCUUCACUCAUGGAGACUCCAGCAGUCAGUGUACGAGGAGUUCUGAGACUGUUUCUCCUACACAGAGCUGUAUCUACAAACUCCCCAAGAACAACCUCAGCCUCUCUGAUGCUGGAACUUACUACUGUGCUGUAGCUGCAUGUGGAGAGAUACUGUUUGGGAACGGAACUGCAUUGAAGUUAAUGGAUACUGAAAGUGAUGUUUGGGAUCGUAUAGUUUUUGCCUUUGCUUUUACAAACGCCCUUACUGUUACUGUAAUCAUUGCUCUGGUAUUUGAUCUGUGGAACAACAGAAGAAAAAGGAGAAAAGGUUCUACCAAUAACUUGACCGACCAGCAUCAACAGACUCUCAGUUCUGUGGUGUACUCGGAAGAUCUGAAUUAUGCUGCCAUGAAUUUCACCCCAAACCAUUCUGCAUCAAGAAAAGCAAGAAGAACUGCAUGUGAAGAUAAAUCUGUGUACUCUGAAGUCUCUUCCAACCCAAAAGACUAAAUAAAAGAGUGAAACUUCUCUCUAAAGCAGAAUCUAUACUCUUAAAAUUGUGGAUUUCUGUAAAUAAUCCCUUUUCCUGCUUUCUAUAAAAGAUAAAGGUAUCUACUACUGCAAAAAAAAAAAAUUGUAAAUAAAAAUUUGUUUUAAAACAGCUACAUGUAU